GACCAAAAAAACUUCGUUAGCUUGAACUCUUUUAACCAGGUUUUCAGUCAACGUGUCACUUCUCGUCGCAUUGCCAGGGAAACAAAAGUUGCCUGAGUUGCGAAAUCCUGAUGAUCUAAUGUCGCAGCAGUUUCAUAUUUUUUAUGCACCGAGCAUCCGCGUUUAACAAUGACAGUGGGAGUAUGAUUGUCGAGGAUGGCAAUUCUCGUCGGACACUCGUGAACGACUAGCAUUGCGACGGCGCAUUCAAGAUGAGAAUCGCCAUUGAUGGAUGCGCGCGUAACCAUCGCACAUUCAGACAGCGUGGAUAUAUGUGUGUGUAAACAUUUUCACGUGCGAUUACGAAGCGAUACGGAGAAGGGGACCGUGACAGAGGGGGGCAUUUAAUCGAGUGGUAGAACGGGCUCUCUUGGAGGAAUUUGUGAUGCACUUACAUUAGUUUACGUUCGACGUUCCGUGGUAGCGCGAGUCGCUCUUCCCGUUAUCAACGUUAUCGGGAUGCCGGUGACAGGACGCGACAGACCGAUGUAACAGCUGCCGCAUCUUCUUUAUACACCGUGAAUUUGGACGCGCCAAAGAACAUUCGUGAUGUAUUAACGAUGAGGAAGCGAUCGUGAUUCACUAGUUUGAAUGAUGAGGCAAUCGAAAGAGAUGUUUCAAGUAUGAUUUAUUUCGUAAUAACGAGAACAUCGGAUGAACGUGAAUUAAAGCCGUAUUAAUGAAAGAGAAAAAACCGUUUUGAUUCAUCUCCUGACGAUAUCUCUACUCGAUUCAAUCAAUCUUGUUAAUAUUAUUAAUAUUAAUCAUGGAGUCGGAACAAACACAAGUGUCUGAAAAAAUGGGGAAAGCCUCCGGUGAUUACAUAAAAACUGUUGAAGGUGAUAUGCAACCGUCGCAGGGCGUACAGAUUAAAAUAUACAAGCAAAGAUGGCUGAUGCUUGUCCUCUUCGUGCUGUACAGCGCGAGCAACGCCAUGCAAUGGAUCCAAUACAGUAUUAUAGCGAACAUUGUAAUGCGCUAUUACAAUGUUUCGAGCUUCCUGAUAGACAUGACAAGCAUGAUAUAUAUGAUAACAUACAUUCCAUUGAUAUUUCCCGCCAGUUAUCUGCUCAAUAAGUUUGGUCUUAGAUAUGCUGUGAUCUUCGGGGCGCUCGGAACUGCUCUCGGUUCCUGGAUUAAGGUGUUCAGCAUAGCUACCGAUCGCUUCUGGAUCACAUUCCUCGGCCAAACUUUGGUUGCAGUUAGUCAAACCUUCGUUCUGUCAGUUCCAGCCCGACUGGCUGCGGUUUGGUUCGGUCCAGAUCAAGUUAGCAGCGCCUGCAGCAUCGGUGUUUUCGGCAACCAGUUAGGUAUAGCUAUUGGUUUUUUAUUUCCACCGAUGUUAGUGCCCAACAGCGACAAUGUCUGCAACGUUGAAAGAGGGUUGCGACUUAUGUUCUAUCUCGUCGCGGCUUUUACGACGCUUAUAUUAGUCUUCAUAUUAUUCUUCUUCAAGUCAGCACCGCCUUUACCACCUAGCCCUGCUCAAGCUGUACAAAGAGAGAACACUGUGAACGAGAAAUUUUCUCUUUCUAUUAAGAGGCUGCUUACCAAUACCGGUUAUGUGUUGCUUUUAUUCAGCUACGGCAUCAAUAUCGCCGUCCUUUACGCCAUAAGCACCCUCUUGAAUCAAAUUAUUCUCAAACAUUUCCGGGGACAUGAAGAAGAUGCCGGUCGUAUCGGUUUAACAAUAGUUUGCACUGGAAUGCUGAGCUCCGUUAUAUGCGGCGUUAUAUUGGAUAAAACACACAAAUUCAAAGAGACUACGUUAGUGAUCUACCUAUGUUGUCUCCUUGGAAUGAUAGUCUUUACUUUGACACUGGACAGUAAAGAGAUAUAUGUUGUCUACAUUACAGCCGGCCUCUUGGGCUUCUUCAUUACCGGUUAUCUGCCGGUCGGUUUUGAAUUCGCUGCUGAACUUACGUAUCCGGAACCGGAAGGAACUGCGGCAGGUUUGUUGAACGCGGUGGUGCAAGUCUUCGGCAUCGCCUUCACAAUGCUCUACGGUUUUCUGUUCAACAAUUUGGGCGACUUAAAAGCAAACGUCGCGAUGUGCAUCGGCCUCGGGAUCGGUACCUUGCUCACGAUCAUGAUACCCAACGAUCUAAGACGCCAGAACGCGAAGGUUUGACUGUCUAAAAACGGCAGUAAGCCGUUAACGAUCAGCGAUGAGCUUCCACAGCUCAGUACAAAUGAUUUCCGCCUUGACAAUUCUUCCCACAACACGUCGUCAUAGUCCAAAUGGGACUUAAUUUAUUCCUCACACGAGUACACAUUAUAUGCGCUAAGAAUAGCGCUCUUUCUCUGAGUCACGCGUACCUAUCAAGGGAAGAUAUAUUUUUCCUAAAAUUAGGAAUUCUUAAAAAAAACUAGCUGGUUAUCAAGAUAUGAAAAUAAUGGUUUUUCGUAAGAUUCUCAUAUUUUUAUUUUAAGAUUCACAUAUUUGAUUUAGCGCUUAAUGUCUAAAUGUUCAGAUGCUUGAAAAUAAGAAAACUAGAAAGCUGUGUCUUUAGAAAUAGAAUCCAAUUUUGUGUGAAAAAAAAGUUCAGAUUUGCCAAA